UGCUAAUCAUGAAAUUAACAUUUAGUUUAAGUAAAAAAGCCCUUGGGUUCAAUUUCUUUAAGAUUCCAUUAAUGGCGGUCACUCGAGCCUUCAACAUCAACACAGCUCGCAACUCGUCGAGCUUAAUCUCAUGGAUUCCGACCGGUAAGAUUCAGCAAACAGUAGCUAAUUCUGUACAACUCACCGGAAUCGGUCUUCAUUCCGGCAAGCUUUCUACUGUCACAAUCUUACCGGAGUUAGCAGGAGUCGGUAGGUACUUCAAAUUCCGUUCAAAUGUCAUUCCUGCAUCUACUGAUUACGUCAAGGAGUCUGCAUUAUGUACUACAUUGUGUAAAGAUGGACAUUCUAUUAAUACCGUUGAACACUUGCUUUCUGCUUUGGAGGCUACCGGUGUUGAUAAUUGCAGUAUGCAAAUUGAAACCUCUGAUACUCACGAUUCAUCAGUUGAGGUUCCUAUUCUGGAUGGAUCAGCAAGAGAAUGGGUGGACGCAAUUGAAGAAGCUGGGCUGAAGGCAGCAUUAGAUCGUAGCGGUAAUAGCUGUGAGAAAUUAGCUCCUGUUCUUAGAGAACCUGUUACUGUAUGGAAAAAUGAUUCUUUUAUAGCUGCAUUCCCUUAUUCAGAGGUCAAGAUUACCUAUGGCAUCGACUUUCCACAGGCACCUGAAAUUGGCUGUCAGUGGUUCUCUUCAACCUGUCUGGAUAAAGAUUUCUUUGCCAAAGAACUAGCUUCUGCAAGAACCUUUUGCAUUUAUGAACAGGUUGAACAGCUACGCAAAUCAGGAGUUAUCAAGGGGGGUUCUGCCAAAAACGCUAUUGUUUGUAGUGAAAGUAGAGGCUGGCUGAAUCCACCACUGCGUUUUAGUGAUGAACCUUGCAGACACAAGGUAUUAGAUCUUAUAGGUGAUCUUUCUCUUUUGGCGCACGGUGGUAACCAAGGUCUUCCUGUGGCACACAUUAUUGUGUAUAAGGGUGGACAUGCACUGCAUGCAAAUUUCGCUCACCGCUUAUCAGGAAUCAACUGAGCUAGAUUUGGUUCUCAAGGUACUGUUGUUCUUCGAGUCCUGCAACUAGUUGGCUAUUUGUGAACCAGAGUUACUUGACCCAAGUUUUGACAACUAGGAUGCUAAUGGACUUUAGCAAAAGGACUUAUGAAUCGAUGUUCGAGAUGUUCUAUCCUUCACAGUCAUUACAUCGAUGUGGAUUGCCUCGUAACAUCUAUUUAAUAAGACAACAUAAAGCCAUUGAACGGUUCGAAAACAUUUGUAAUUCGUAGUCUAAUUAGACAAUAUCUUGCUUCGAGAGAAAGAACUGAUUGUUGGAAAUCUUAUUUUUUCCAACACUGAUUGUAUGGGUGAUAUAUAGAAAAACAGCUGAUUUAUUUCUGUUAAGCUUUUGCUAUAUAGAGUCUGUGGAAGGAUAGGAUAA